AUGGUCGCUAUCGCUCGGUCACUCAUUUCCUCCCUCGCUGCCUUUGCGGCCUCCACCCCGAGCAACACCGGCCGCGGCCGUGUGUCGUCCUGCUCGCUCCGCACCCUCAAGCUGGACUUCCCCGCCAACCAAACCACGCUCGUCGCGCCCACCCAGCCGCCCAAGCUCCUCGGCCUCGCUUUCGGGGUGCAGAACUACACCUGCUCCUCCGCGGGGACCUACACCUCGACCGGCGCCGUCGCCGAGCUUUUCGACGCCGCGUGCAUGUCCACGAAGUCGAACUUCGGCACUGUGCAGAACGACCUCUUCAGCCUCUGGGACGGCACCUCCGAGGACGUGACCAUCCAAGACGCGAUCUCCGAGCUCGCGGGCAUGCACCUCCCUGGGGUCCUCGGCCAGCACUACUUCGUCACGAACCCGAAGACGGGCACCGGCGUGAGCCCGAAGUGGGACUUCACGUCCGCGCGCUUCCAGGGGAACAAGGACGCGUUCAUGAUCGGGGCCGGAAACGGCUCGCUGCCCUCCCCCACGGACCCUUCCAAGGACGUCGCGUGGCUGCACGUCGUCAACGUCCAGGGCAAGCUCUCCGACGUUGUCUUCCGCUACGACACCGUCGGGGGCCAGCCGCCGAAGUCUUGCACCGCUGGUACCGACGCCGAUAUCUCCGUCAAGUACGCGUCUAAGUACGUCUUCUACGGCGGCCAGGUCUGCUAG